CUGACAUCCCGGAGGCGGGGACGUGAGGGGACAACCAAUCAGCAGGCUGGAUGGAGCGCUCAGAGAGCCCAAAUAUUUAAAUACGGCAGAGCACUGCGACCGCCUGACACUUUACAGGAAACCGGAGUGGAACACAUCUUAACGCAGAAAGAAACACGGGUGAAAUGAACACAUCUGAAUUAGUCUCUGGACUCCGCUUUGAAUCCAACUAAAGGUACAACCCGACGACUUGGUACAGUACAGUUCCAGUAUUUUGGAAGUUUUGCUGUUUUUCAUAGAUUUGGUCUUCAGUAUAAUAAUAGGCUACAGCGGGACUUUGUGCCGGAGUUUGAAUCAUUUGGGACACUGACGCCUCGGUGUCCAAGCAACAUCUUUACAACGCACUAUAAUAUUUGACUGUUUGAUUUGAAAUAUGUCCACAAUAAUGGAACAGCCUUUUUAUGACGACUCGUUUCUCUCUGCUUAUGGCCAUCCAGGCGCAGCACUGCCAGACUACAAGCUGCUAAAGCAGAAUAUGAACUUGAACUUCUCCGAUUCAUAUCGGAACUCAAACUUCAAGCCGCAGCACCUGCACACGGACAGUGACUUCUAUUCAAGUGGGACGGCGGAUGUUGGCUCCCUGAAACUCGCGUCCCCUGAACUUGAACGACUCAUCAUCCAGAACAGCAACGGUGUCAUAACCACAACACCGACACCUGCCCAUUACCUCUACAACCGCGGGAUCACAGAGGAGCAGGAGGGCUUUGCCGACGGUUUUGUGAAAGCGCUGGACGACCUACACAAGAUGAACCAGAUUGCGCCUCCCAACGUGGCCAUUGGUACUGGUCCCUGCACGGCUCCUACCUCGGUGUUCGGUUCAUCCAUGCAACCAGAACACUUAGAGUACACAACGCUCAACAGUUGCACAUCUAACCCCAGCCUUUCCUCAGCAGGAAGCUAUCCCUCUACAACAUUAAGUUACCUGCCACACCACCAGUACCACCAGCACCCACAGGCUGUUGCGCACGGAACUCACCAUUUUCAGCACUCUCUAGCAGGUGCAGGCAUCCAUGCGCAGCGGUACGGUGGGUUGAAAGAGGAGCCCCAGACAGUCCCUGACAUGCACAGCAGCGACAGCGGGUCUCCGCCGAUGUCCCCCAUCGAUAUGGAGAACCAGGAGCGGAUCAAAGCAGAGCGCAAGCGUCUGAGAAACCGGCUCGCUGCCUCCAAAUGCCGGAGGCGCAAGCUCGAGCGCAUCGCUCGCCUGGAGGACAAGGUUAAGGUUUUGAAAACGGACAACGCCGGGCUGUCGAGCACAGCCUCUGUACUAAGAGAGCAGGUGGCCCAACUCAAACAGAAAGUCAUGACACAUGUGAGCAGCGGCUGCCAGCUCAUGUUGGCGCCCAAAGUUAAGUCUUACUGAACAAAAGAGCACUUUAAAACACUGGACUAGAACUGCACUGACAGAAUGAACAACGUCUUUUCAAAAACUGGAUCCUAACGGUUUCUUUGAGUGAAAAUACUGUAGCCAACAAAGAAACCACAACAGACUUUCGGCUUACACUUAGGGCAUUUUGAAUUCGUUUUUAAAAAGGGUCCCUUUGCCUGUUUACAUUUUACUUUAUUUGUGAUGUAUUCUUGUGUAAGUUAUUUGCGUUUGUCAGGUUGAGCCUGCCUUUUUUUUUUUACCUGUACAGUAUAUAUUUAAGUAAAUGAUACUAUGAAACAAA